AUGGAAGGCAGGCGAGAACCUUUCCUUCCGAACCCGAGAGCUCCCGCGAGCGAGGCCGCACCCGCGAGCGAGGCCGCACCCGCCUUCGUGUCGUGGCAACGGCGCGCGUUCUCCCCCAUCGCCAGAGGGUCUGUGAGAGCCUCGAUCUUCACGCUCGCGUCUUCCUGCUUGGGAGCAGGUGUCUUGGCAACACCGUACGCAAUGCAGGAGUGCGGCUUGGCGGUCGGUUUGUGUUUGCUGUGUACGCACACCUUUGUCUCCUUUUUCACGACUUACAUUCUGAUGGCGUCGUCCAAGCUCUUCGGCACCUCGACGUACGCGGACUUGGCGCACCGAGCUGCGCCCAAGUUGCCGCGGAAUGUCGUGGACGCGAUCAUCGUUCUGAACGGACUCGGCGUUUGUCUUUCCUUCCUCGUCUUCCUCGGUGACUUCCUCCCCACGUCCCUGGAGAGCCUUCACAUCCUCCAGCGGGCCUCCGACCACCGCGCCCUCCUCCUCUGUGCCAGCAUGGUGGUGAUUGUGCCGCUGUCUGUACAGCCCAGAUUGUCGGCUCUGAGGCACUUCGCUUUCUUUCCCGUUUGCACCCUCCUGUUUUCUCUCUCGUGCGUCGUCUACCGCUCGGUUCACUUGAUAAGGAAUCAGACUGCGCCGGUCGUUAUGGUCAAUCUCAACUGGAAUUUCUUCAAAUCUUUCAACGUCUUCCUCUUCGCCUUCAUGCAGCACAUCAACGUGUGUCCGAUCGGCCGAGAGCUGCAAAACCCUACAGAUCCGCGUGUCUACAAGGUGUCGCUGCGGGCUGCCGCGCUCGAGUGGUGUCUGUACACCCCGACGGCGGUCAUUGGCUACCUGUCGUUUCGGGGAGGAACGCGGCAGAACUUCAUGUUGAACUACAGUUCAGACGACCAGCUGAUGCACGUCUGCACGCUGCUGCUCUCGUUUUCGAUGAUCCUCGGCGUGCCCUUGACGAUCAUCCCCACCGUGGACUCGAUUUUCAACUUGCUGAAAAAGCCGGCGCCGUCGCUCCCCGCGCCGACCUUCGGGGAGACAGAGGCUCUCGGUUUCGACGCAAAGCGCGCGAGCAUGGUGGCGCCGCUCCUCCUGCAUGCCGACCGCAAAGACCGGGUUCUCAGGGUCACCGUCUCCGAGCCUGACGCGACGGAAGACGGCCCCAGCCGCGAGGCAGGCAGAGACAGGGGCUGCGACCGAGAGAGCGAGGAGACCCUAGCGCAGGAAGGCGAGCGGCGUGGAAGGCAAACACGAGACGGAGACGGCGAGCGAAGCGGUUUGGACGAGGACGGCCGCGCACCGUCCGGCGGCGAGACGCUUGCGGACCGAAGCGAGGGGUCUGCCGUCCCUUGGGGCUCGCGAGCUUCCGGAGACGAGAACGCGGGGGAACGCCGCCGCGGGAGCGAAGCGGCGAGCGCGCCCUACCCAGUAUCCGAGGAAUCCACUGGCGGCGGAGCGCAAGAUGCACCAGAGACAGACGCGAGGGGGACCGGCGGAGCGAACCGGCGGUGCUGUGGCCUCGCACGGCUGACGCAGAAGGCCUUGAAAAACAGAAAAAGUUGCGUCUGUCUGUGUCUCCUCCCCGUCCUGAUGCUGGCGCUCGCGAUGGACAAAGCGGCGGACGUCGUCGGCCUGCUAGGCGGCUUCUUCUCGACUCUCCUCAUGAGUGCUCUUCCGUCAGUCAUCUUCUACGCCGGCAUCGGGAAACUCUACUACCGUCCCGUGACGAGGAUGAUUCUGAUGGCCUUUCUUCUCACCGUCACUUUCGUGGGUGCUUUCGCGUCGGUGAUUAUUAUUCUGCAAAACUUCGACGUCUGUUGUCAAGCCCCGCGGUCUCCGCUGCGUUAG